CGGUAUCGGAAAUGCUGUUCGUGGGAGAAAGGCGGAACCCCAUGCUGCAUGUUGCGUGAAACUUAUCUGACAUUAUCCUAGAACACCUACGCGAUAACUUACUCUGAAGUGUCAGGCAUUUGGCUCCGGUAAGAAUAGCUACACUGUCGUUGCAACGUUUUGUUUUAGGAUAGUUUGCACCGAAAACAAAGGGGAUAGAGAGCAAGCCACUGUCAUAGAUACCUCAUCCAGAGACAGAAGUCAGCGAACGAGCUAGCUAGCUAACGGGCUGUAGCGUUAAUACUGGAAUUCGGGAAUCGACAGCCGUAGAAAACCAGUGGAAAUGGGAGACAAGGAACUUAUGUGGGCCCUGAAAAACGGCGAUCUGGACGAAGUGAAGGCAUUACUUGUAAAGGUUGAGGAUGUGAACAGGACUCUGGAGGGUGGCAGGAAGCCAUUGCACUAUGCUGCAGACUGCGGCCAGGCUGAGAUGCUGGAGUUCCUCCUCUCCAUGGGAGCGGACGUCAAUGCCCCCGACAAACACGGCAUCACACCUCUGCUGUCCGCCACUUAUGAGGGUCACCUCAGCUGCGUCAGGAUCCUGCUGGAGAAGGGAGCUGACAAAGAGCGGAAAGGCCCAGAUGGACUCAGCGCAUUCGAGGCGGCGGAGAGCGAUGCCAUCAAGGCUCUUCUCAAGUGAGAGGGAAGGACAACCAGUCGGACAGUGGCUGGACAGACAGACGGACCCCUAUUCCUCCUCUGUCUGCUCCAUGCUUUGCCUGUUAGUGUUUUUUGAUUUCUUGUUACUGUUGUACUGUUGUUGUUUUUUUGUAUUUACAGUUUUUAAGGUUCUUCUAUAUUUUGCCUCUUGUCUCAUUGGUCACUGAGUUGAUAAAUCAAAUCUCUCCAAAGGACCAAGCAUGAAUGGCACAGCCACCCACAUCUACCCCAUCCUGAUUUCUACAACGACAAAAACUCUCAUAAAGACUGAAGGCAAAAAAAAGAAAGAAAAAUAAUUGCUUGUCUGUCUGAUAUCUUUCAGACUCUUUGACCGAUAGUAUCCUAUAAUGAGAAAGGGGUAGAUAGGCAAAAAAGAGGUAAUAGCGUUUGAUUUGUGUUUUUUUUUUUUUUUUUACUGCAACAGAAGUGAAAGGCUUCUGGUGUGUGUGUGUGUGUGUGUGUGUGUGUGUGUGUGUGUGUGUGUGGACUUUUCCAUCACUCUGGCCAAGCAGAAACAGGUUGACAGGUCUGGGGAAUAUUUGUAAAGACCAGCUACACUGACCAUAGCAGCGUGAAUGCACAAAUACCUUAAGACCGCAGUCUGGUCAGAAGGUUCUUCCCACUGCUUUGGGAAAUGGUAAAAACUGGGGAGAGCUGAACUGGUGAAAUGGCUGUGCUGCGUUAGCAGCAUGAUACUGAUGGGCCAUGAAAGCUCUGAAAUGGAGCUGUUUUUUCUAGAUCUGGACUAUAGCUCCACUGCCAUACAUUAUGCAGUAUUUGGUGAACACACCUCUGGAUCAGCUUCUGGUUAUGUUGCAAAGAUUUGCAUCGCAGAAUUAAAGGGUUAUUCUGUAGCAGGAGGCUUCGGGGUUGUGUGUGUGUUUUGCUCUGAUCUUGGUCAGUGGAAUCAGAACUCUGGCCUCGGAAUAGUUUUUCUCACUCUGAGAUUAUGUCACUUUCACUGAUAGUCCUGCUGCACGCUAGGUGUUCUACAACAUUUACACUCUUUAAAACCACUACUCUUCUCUCCUGGUUACUUUAAAAAAAUAAAAGUUUCUGAAAAAACAGACACUAAAGCAUCAGGCAUUAUUGUGAAGGGAAGGUUAAUAAAAAUGAGAAUCUGGUCAUGGUUUCUUUGUUGUCUUUUUGGGUUUCCACGUGUAAUCAAAAGUCUGGCACAUUCUGGGGCACCCAUUUCUUUCACAGGUGGCUUAUCUUUGGGCCAGGUUUGGUUAACAUUAACAUCACCAUUACCAUUACCAGUAUAUUACUGUUCUCAUCACCAGUAUGAGUACCUGCACAUGACCGUAACAAACAUAUUACCCUUACUAUUACUGGUAAUGGCAGCACAGACAAGUGGGCUGGUAAAGUUUGUAUCGUGAAGAAAAUGUCCUCAAACAUGCAUGUACCAUACAGUCAUAAGUGACUGUGAUAAGUAGAGCAGACUCUACAUAUAUAAUCCCUUGUAAAAAAUCGGGUCAUAAAAAUGAGCAAUAUAGCAGACAACCUAAGAAAACACUGCUUGAAAGGAAGAAAAACACAUCAACCACCUUCCAGGGAAGAAAUCCAUGAAUUUUUGAAAGCAUAAUACAUGCAGCGAAGAAAGGAACCUAGUCCAUGUUCCCCAAGUGUCUACACAAAAGCCAUAUCUUAUUUUACUGCAAAACUGGAGAGAAUCUGGUGGCCGGCACUGACUCACCAUUCUCUCUUGACUGGGUUCCCAGAAUACUGUAGCAAGCUUGCCCCGAAGUCAUGCACAACAUUCAGCAUGUGUAGAAAAAUGAAUGAACCCCCUUCAGAUGUAGUGGCCACUAUCUUUGAGAAGGGAGAGUUUCUGUUGCGCGUGCACACACACCAACACACGGGGACCCUUCCCUUUCUCAUGUUUUUAGCAUGCGUUGUGUCAGUGUUUCGCGUUUGUCCCCAUAUGUGCC